CUGCUCCUCAAAAGCGCGAUCCAUGGUGCGAAGCCUUCUUUUCUACGUUUUCCUCCAGGAUGGCAUUCUUCAAAUAUCUUCGCUCUGUUAAGAACCAGCUUGUCCUCUUCUCUACUCCGUUACUUCUUCUUCCGCUGCCUUUGGUGAUCGGGACACGGGAGGCAGAAUGUGGCUAUGUUAUCAUCCUGAUGGCGGUGUACUGGUGCACCGAGGUUCUACCACUGGCAGUGACUGCUCUGCUCCCAGCUCUCCUUUUCCCCCUGUUUGGCAUCAUGCAGUCCAAAGAUGUGUGCAUGCAGUACCUGAAGGACACCAACUUGCUGUUUGUGGGGGGACUGAUGGUUGCCGUGGCCGUGGAACACUGGAAUCUGCACAAGCGCAUCGCCUUGAGGGUGCUGCUUUUAGUUGGUGUUCGUCCAGCGCUGUUGAUGUUGGGUUUCAUGGGUGUGACGGCGUUCUUGUCUAUGUGGAUCAGCAACACGGCCACCACAGCCAUGAUGGUUCCCAUUGUCCAAGCAGUGCUGGAGCAGCUCAACAACACCGAUGCAGAAAUCCCUCAAAUCCUCAGCACAGAUGAGGAGGUCCAGACAUCGGUGACUGACAGCAAACCUCCUCUGCAGACAGAGAAGCAGAGUGAGGGACAAGGCCCAGUGGUGGUGACUUUCUUAGAUGCCACAGUGGAGGCUGCUAAGCAUAAGGAGGCAGCAGAAAAGUUGAAAAUGUGUAAAGGGAUGAUCCUGUGUGUUUGUUACUCUGCCAGUAUCGGAGGCACCGCCACACUAACAGGAACUGGUCCCAAUCUGGUGCUCAAUGGCCAAAUGAACCAAUUGUUUCCUGAAAACGGGGAUGUGAUUAACUUUGCCUCCUGGUUCGGCUUUGCCUUCCCCAACAUGAUCAUCAUGCUCACGCUGGCCUGGCUUUGGCUGCAGUUUGUCUUUAUGGGAUUCAACUUUAAGAAGACGUGGGGCUGUGGAUCAGUGCAGACCGAGAAGGACAUUGCUGCCUACAAUGUGAUCCGUGAGCAGUAUCGUCUGCUGGGGCCGAUGUCCUUCGGAGAGAUAAACGUCCUGGGUAUCUUCAUUUUGCUGGUGGUUGGGUGGUUCACGAGGGAUCCUGGCUUCAUCGACGGCUGGGCCACAGUGCUCUUCAACUCUGAAGCAGAGUAUGUGACAGAUGCCACAGUGGCAAUCUUUGUUGCCAUCCUUCUCUUUGUUCUGCCCUCUAAACCCCCACGUUUCUGUUCACGGAGGACAAGAGCUGACAUAGCACCUCAUCAAAGUGCUGGCCCAACGCCACCUCUCCUCACAUGGAAAGUUGCCCAAAAAAAGUUACCAUGGGGCAUUGUGCUUCUUCUUGGAGGAGGCUUUGCUCUGGCCAAAGGCAGUGAAGUAUCAGGACUGUCACAGUGGAUGGGAAAUCAGAUGACUCCCUUGCAAUCCAUCCCUCCCUGGGCAAUUGCUAUCCUCUUGUGCCUGCUGCUUGCUACCUUCACAGAGUGCACCAGUAAUGUGGCCACAGCGACGCUCUUCCUCCCUGUCUUAGCCUCAAUGUCUCAGUCUAUCGGAAUCAAUCCUCUGUACAUCAUGGUGCCUUGUACUCUGUGCACCUCGUUUGCCUUUAUGCUGCCUGUUGCCACCCCUCCAAACGCCAUUGUCUUCUCUUAUGGAUACCUCAAGGUUGCUGACAUGGCCAAGACAGGAUUUGUCAUGAACAUCAUCGGCAUCCUUUGCAUCACGCUGGCCAUUAACAGCUGGGGGAGGGCCAUGUUUGACUUGGACACUUUCCCUGCAUGGGCCAACGCCACUGGGGUAUGAGUCCUGGUUCUGCAGCAGGAGAAGAUCCAUGCACACCCUGCCCUCCCGACAGACAAAGACCAGCGGUCAGAGCGACAGCAGCGGACCACACAGUGAACUGCAUGUGUCUGUUUGCUGUUAAGACCUCACAAGACUCAUUUUCAUGGACACCUGAGACUUGCUUGCAGAAGGCAGAGGUGAUUAAUAUAAUUGGGACAAAGAGGGGUUAAAUGAUGUUAAAAUAUUUUCUUAUUUGCAUUGUAUGAUAAUGAAGUUAUAUUUUUGAGAAGACCCUUUCUCACUUUACAAUGGUACGACAGAAAUUAUAUACUGCUGGUAUUUAUAUCCCAAAAUACAAAGAGACUCAACAACCAAUUCUAUAAACACCAUUCAAAGCAACUCUUUCUUUAAUCAAAGGAAAUCAAAGAAAAUUCUAUUCAUAUGCGCCAAGUUAUUAUUGACAUUUUGCAUACUCACCUGUAGCCACGUGUAAAUAGCAAUAAGCCAUAAUGUAUAAUAUGAGAAUGCAACUUAACUAAAAUUUAAGGUACAUUUUGUGCAGCUUCUGCUUUACUUAACUUCAUUUGAUGUUAUUUUUUCUUGUUAAGAUUUUACACUGAAAGAAUAUAAUGUAUUUGUAAAUUUAUGAUGCAUUUAUACACUGAUACUGCAUAUAACAUUUGUCCAAUAACCCCUGUCAGGACCAGAUGCAACAUUUCACUUAGAGGAAGAUCUGUUAGUACGUUAGUAGUACUAAUCCAGUGAGCCAAGGGCAAUUUAGCUGCCUAAUGACUUUCACUACUGAUACAUUUUUUGUGUCAAUAUCUGUAUUUUCACUAAAGUAAACUAUUGAAUAUAAGACUUUUGACAUUGUGGUUCUGGUACAAAUCUAAAACAAUUUUUUUCCACUACGGCUGCCAAGUGUCGAGAGUAUUGGAAGGAAAGGCUGAUCAUUCCAUUUUCCAUUUAGUUAUUUAUGGAUAUUUGGCUAAUAUAUGUAGUACGACAAAGAUCUGAUCAUGAGUAAACUUGUGCUUUUCCCUCCUUUGCAUCCAAACUGACCCUGACACAGACCUAUAGAUGAAAUACGACACUUCCAGCAUCAGUUGAACUUUGACAUGUAUCAUGACAACAAAAGCAAGAAACCCACAUGUGCCUUGUACAAACACACUGACUUACUGUACUGUAAACACAUUUUUAUUGUUUCAAUCAAUACCAUCAUUGCUGACAUUGUGAAAUGUCUCCUUGCAAGAAUGAAUUGUAUAUAACUUGCAAUAAAGUGGUAAUAAUCACUGUAUAAA